UGUCCUCGCCCCGCGGCUGCCUAGGGACCGGGCUGUCCCCCUGUUUUGCUGCGUGGGGCUGGGACGUCCCCCCGCGUUUUGCUGCGUGGGGCCGCCCCCCCCCCCAACCCGUGUCCCGUGGCUGGUGCUCGUGGGGGACCAUGAAGGUGAAGGUGAUUUCUGUCCUGGAGGACAACUACAUGUACCUGGUCAUCGAGGAGAGCACCCGGGACGCCGUCGCGGUGGACGCCGCCGUCCCCAAAAGGUUGCUGGAAAUCGUCAGGAAAGAGGAUGUGGUGCUCAGAGCGGUCCUCACCACCCACCACCACUGGGACCACGCAAGGGGCAACGAGGAGCUGGCGAGGCUCUGCCCCGGCCUGCGGGUGUAUGGCGCCGAUGAGCGGAUCGGGGCCCUGACGCACAAGGUGACCCACAACCAGGAGCUGACGUUUGGGGCCAUCCGGGUGAGGUGCCUUUUCACCCCCUGCCACACCUCGGGCCAUAUGUGCUACUUCAUGUGGGAGGACGGCUCCCCGGACGCUCCGGCUCUCUUCUCAGGUGACACGCUGUUCGUGGGAGGCUGCGGGAAGUUCUUCGAGGGGACGGCGGAGCAGAUGUACACCAACCUCACCCAAAUCCUGGGGGCUUUGCCGAAAGAGACGAAGGUGUUCUGCGGCCAUGAAUGCACCGUCCGAAACCUCAAGUUUGCCUUGAAAGUGGAACCGGAGAAUGAAAUAGUGAAGAAGAAACUUGCGUGGGCCAAACAGCGGGAUGAUGAGGACUUGCCCACGGUGCCCUCUACGCUGCAGGAGGAGUUCCUCUACAACCCCUUCCUGCGGGUCAUGGAGGAGCCCGUGCAGAAGUUCACGGGCAAGACGGACCCGGUGGAGGUGCUGAGGACCCUCCGCACCGAGAAGGAUAACUUCAAGAAGCCCAAGGAGCGGCCCAAUCCCCAGGCCAUGCUCGCGUUCGACUGGGGACUUUUCAGCCCCUUCCUCGAGAAGAAGUGAGCGGCCGCGGUGGUGGCUCCCAAAACGCAGCAUCCCCAUCGUGGCGGGGGCCUCCUCCCGGGGCUGCGUCUGUCUGGCUCUGACUUAACUCCUGUAAGACUCGGCAGUAGUUCCUGUCUUUUAACCUGCUCAUUUUGAGGCUGCUCUGCUUCACUCCCUCCAGCACCGUGCCUGGCUUCCCUGGCCCACGGGAGCUUUGCUGAGCACCUGUUCCCUGGGAGAAGGGAGCGCCUGGGUGCCCUCAGCGAGCAGUUAAGCCCCCCACCCCAGCCUCUGGGCUGCGGUUGCUGCUGGUCAGUAGGUGUUUUGGAGGAGAGGACACCCACGCUCACAACAUUCAGGUUGGUGGGUGCAGGAGCUGCCACCAGUCCUGCAGCCCUUUGCCUGCGGGAGCCAGGGGAGAAUAUGGAAAAGGUGGGGACCGCGGUGCUGUACCCCACAGAGCAGCCGGCACCCAUCAGGCCGUAAGGCUCUCCUGCCUGCAAUCCUGCCAGACCUGGGUGCUGCAUCCCGCUUCCCGCAGGGUCAGCUGGAGCAGAGCUUUGCAGCAGCCCGCUGACCUCCUGCCUGGCCGGGCUGGCGGGGAAGGAAGCCCUCCUGGCUCUGCCUGCUCCGCUCCAGCCAUCCCUGUGCCCUUCUCGGGCCAAGGGCAGGCAGGGAGCUGCCCGGCUCCGCGGGCAGGGAUGAGGCAUGGGGACUUGGAUGCACGAGCGGAAGCCGGGAAGGGGACUGGUGUUUUCGUUGGCAUUCAGCAGUACCUACCUGGCUCCAGACCUGGGCUAACUGAAACCCUUGUUGCAGUGGGGUUUGGGUAUUUUUUUUUUCCCACCUAUUUUUACAGUAGGCCAACGUAGAAAAAUUGCAUAGGGAUUUGUAACGCAGUCACUGAUGCAUGGGAGCCAUCCAAACUACUGAAACUGUGCAGAGUACAUUCAGGUGGAGUUCAGGCCUGGAGGAAAGCGUGCUCUAACCCCCCAGCUUUGUAAAAUACUUUUCAAGGUGUGACAGUUUUUUAGGCAG